UUUAUGAGUUUCUGUUUUACGAGUUGCCUACUAACUUUGAUUAAACGAUAGACCAGACGUCAGCAUGCUUUUAUCAUUACGUAAAUAAAAUCGAUCGCUUAUUAAUUCAGAAACAGCUUAGAACCGACAUGAAGCUGCGAACAUGAACGACGUAUUGGAAGAAGCCAAGCAGAAACGGCGCGGUCUUUUACCAUGACAUCGGAUACAUCGCAUUACAAUCAGGCUGAUACAAACCUGUACCAUGCCAUCCACUCGGACCUGGUGGGUGAGCUACUGCACCCGCCGAGAGGGCCCCCGACCCCCGACUCGGUGCGCAAGUUCCGCAGGGCCCACUACGCCGACCCCGGAGCCAAGACCUACCACUGGGGAGUGGCCGACGACCCCAACGACAAGCCCAACCAAGUUCACGGCACAAAGUUCGGCACCAAGUCUCUGGCCGGUGACGUGGUGAACCCUCCGGUGGUGGCCCGUCCCCACCGGCUGCUGGCGGCCGCGCGCCGUCUCACCUACGACUCGACACUGCGCCGGCCGGUGGGCUGCGCGCCGCUCCGCCAGCCGGCCGUGCCGCCCCACCUGGCCUGCGCCGGCGCCGCCACCUUCGGCCUGCCCACCAAGUAUGGCGACACGGUGGCCCAGUGUGUCAGUCCCUACCGAACGGCCCAGGAGUUCCAGGCCAACUGGUGUAAGGGCACCGACCUGUACCGGCGCUCCCACCGGCACACCAACCCCGGCGAACAGACGCACCGCAGUUACGGCCAGGGGUUCAACACCAAGGCCAAGUUCGGCGUACCCACCUACAACGAGGAGAACCACACGGGUCGCCGAGUGAAGGAGUGUGUCACCUGGCCGGGUCCGUCCAAACCGCUGAGCGCCGUCUGCAGCUGGCGGGCCGAGAGCUGGCGCGAGCUCCACCAGGACCGCGUCGGACAGCCGCUCGACAGGUACCAGUGCACACGUGACCUGCCGGCGACGUUCACCUACGGCGCGCCGAUGCGUCACGUGCUCUCGGGGGCGCUGGACAUCGCCACGGCUCGGACGAGCUGCAGUCUGCCCGCCGAGGACCUGGCGCGGCUCGACCUGAUCCUGGUCACGCGCCGCAAGUUGCAGGCCGCCGGCUUCACCGGCUUCAUCGCACUGCUGCAGACCAUGAAGAAAAUGGACAAGCUGGGCACCAAGCGUCUGCCGCUGGAGGCGGUGCUGGCCGCCUGCUGUCAGCAGUGCCUGCCGCUGGCCACUGCCGAGCUGCGCGCGCUGGUCGAGCGGCUAAACCUGGCCGAGGGACCGCGCCGGCUGGUCAUCUACUCACUGUUGGUGGCCACACUCAACUGGAAGGACCGGCUCACGCUCGGACACCUCGACCUGUUGCGGAAGGAGCCGCGGCCGGUGGCCGAGUGUCGCACCAGCACCAGCUGCCAGCUGCCGCCGCCGCCCCCCGACUGGACCGUGGAGCGGAGGCGCAGCUCCGGACCCGGCGAGCCGCCGGAGAACGCCGCCGGCCCGAGACGCGACAGGGUCGUCGACGUGGUCACCCCGUCACCGUUCAUCGAGGCCGGCCUGCGCGAGACGGAGCUCACCAUGCCGCGCAGCGAGGCGUUCCUGAUGGAGCUGCUGUGCGGCAUGGGCGUCUGCGACUACCGCCAGUUCCAGGCGCUCUACGCCGCCGCGCGCCGGGCCCACCCGCCCGACCCCAGCGUACUGGACGUCCUGGACGAGGCCAACCGCAGCUGCUGCCCGGCGCCGGCCGGGCCGGCCCAGCAGCGGCCCGCCGAGCCGGCCCAGCCGCGGCCUGCCGAGCCGGCCCAGCAGCGGCCCGCCGGGCCGGCCCAGCAGCGGCCCGCCGGGCCGGCCCAGCAGCGGUCCGCCGAGCCGGCCCCUGACGGCCGUCUGUGCGCUGCCGGCCUGGAGGAGGUCAGGGCAGUGGCCGAGAGAAGGCCCUGCCGCGGCACCGACCAGCUGGCCACUGUGCCGCCAUCUCUGGACGGCGAGAGGAAGCUGCGGUUCGCCGAGUCGGCGCUGGAGACGGACGGCAGACGGCUGCCGCGGACUGACCCCGGCUGCGGCGCCGACUUCCUGAGGCCGACACCGCCGGACGACCGUCCGCCGUGUCCCACCACACCGGCCACCAACGGCGGCGACCAGCAGUGUGACCUUCAGACGCAGCCGGCGCAGAGUCAGCCGUGCGCCCACUGGCCCCCCAGCCAGCAGCAGCCGCAGAGUCAGCCGUGCGCCCACCAGCCCCCGAGCCAGCAGCAGCAGCCGAGCCAGCCGUGCGGCCACCAUACCGCGCCCAGCCAGCAGCCGCAGAGCCAGCCGUGCGGCCACCAUACCGCGCCCAUCCAGCAGCAGCCGCAGAGUCAGCCGUGCGGCCAGCAUACCGCGCCCAGCCAGCAGCAGCCGCAGAGCCAGCUGUGCGCCCACCGGCCCCCGAGCCAGCAGCCGCCGAGCCAGCCGUGCGGCCAGCAUACCGCGCCCAGCCAGCAGCCGAGCCAGCCGUGCGGCCACCAUACCGCGCCCAUCCAGCAGCAGCCGCAGAGUCAGCCGUGUGCACACCGGCCCCCGAGCCGCCAGUAA